AUGCCUGCUGAUGUGCUUAACCGAAAGUGCUCCAGAACGUUGCGGGCUCUCUCUUUUUGGAGUCGCAAUCACUUACAGGACCUGGGAAUUCUGAAGAAGUCUCUUGAGGACCGGUUGGCUGAGCUUCAGCUGAUUGAUUGCUCUGAGGUUGGCCUCUCUGCGGAGGAGGAUCAUGAAUUGCGAAUGAAGGCUUACGAACUGAAUGCUACGCUUGCUCGGAUGGCGACCUGGUGGAGGCAACGGGCGAAAACCCGGUGGAUUGCAGAGGGCGAUUCUAACUCCCAUUUUUUCCAUUCUUUUGCUACAGCCAGGCGACGGGGCAACCGUAUUGUUGAAAUCCUGCGCCCCAAUGGGGAGCGUGCCUCUGAACCUGCUGCCAUUCAGGAUGAGUUUAUGAAUUUUUUCUCUCUUAAGUGGCAGGAAAGAUGUAUCUCCUUGGAAGACUGGCCGAAUCUCUGGCUGGAGAAUUUCGUCCAGGACACCUUACAAGGGGAUAUGGAGGCCGAGGUCACUGAGCUAGAGAUCCGUCAAGCUAUUUUCAGCAUGGAGAAAAACCGAUCGCCGGGUCUGGAUGGUAUUACUGUUUCCUUCCUUAAAUUUUAUUGGGAUAUCAUUAAGGUCGAUGUUUACCGUGCUAUUCUACAUUUUUUCGAAUCUAAUUCAAUGUGUGAUAGCUGGAAAGACACGUUGGUUGUGCUCAUUCCUAAGGUGGCUAAUGCUAAUUCUCCAUCUAAAUUCCGUCCUAUUAGUCUCUGUCAGUCUUUUUACAAGGUGGUGGCUAAAGUCCUCAUCAAUCGUGUCAAGCCGAGCCUGGGGAACAUCAUCAGCGAGGAGCAAGGUGGUUUUGUCCCGGGGAGAUCCAUUUCUAAUCAUGCUCUUCUGGCUCAAGAGGUGAUUCAUAAAUUCCAACACUCGCUCCAACGUGUGGGUAUGAUGGCAUUGAAGAUUGACAUGGAGCAGGCAUAUGACUGUAUGGCUUGGGACACUUUGAGACAGAUUAUGUCCAGGAUGGGCUUCCCGACUCGGGUUAUUCUUUGGGUUACUCGAUGUGUAACUCAACCUCGCUUUACUUUGAUGAUUAACGGAAAUAGGACUCCAUGGAUUGCUGCACAGUGUGGCCUCCGCCAGGGUUGCCCGUUAUCCCCCUAUCUUUUUAUUCUUUGCUCCGAGCUACUGUCUUUGGCCUUUAAGCAUAGAGGCGGGAACCUGGGUAUUCCCCUUGGCAAAAAUCCGGUUAUCAUUUCGCAUUUACUCUAUGAUGACGAUAUCCUUGUGUUUGCUGAGGCCAACCGCUGCAAUGCCAACCGUAUUUUGAGCAUCCUUGCGGAUUACUACCGCUGGACUGGCCAGCGCGUGAACGAGAACAAGUCGGUGGUGAUUUUCAAUAAGCAUUGCCCCAGAUGGAAGCAGCGGACAUUCUCCCAGCUUUUGAAUUUCCGUAGGGUGGAUUCUCUGGACUACUUGGGAAUUCCCUUGGUUAUGAGGAGGUUGAUGGCUGCUGAUUUUGCUAAGAUUAUUGGUAAUGCCCAUGAGAAAACGAACGUGUGGGGGAAAAAACAUCUCUCGUAUGCAGGUAGAGCGCUGUUGAUUCGCACUGCCUUGCUUACCAUUCCUGGUUACCUAUUAGCCCACUCGGAGGUGCCGAGCAGUGUUCUCAACUCGAUUGAAAAGCUGGGCCGUCAGCUUUUAUGGCAGAAAGACUCAAACAGCAAGGGGAUGCACUAUGUUUGCUGGAAGGAUUUAUGCCUUCCGAGGGAUCACGGCAGACUUGGUUUUCAUGACCAGAUCAUGUGGCGGGGAGCUCUCCGUGCUCGCCUUGCUUGGGCAACCCUGAACGACUCGAAUUCUCUCCUUCACAGAGUGAUGCAAGCCAAGUAUGGCCUUGACAUGUGGAAUAAUUCCCGUAUUCCUAAAUUCUCUACCGCUUGGAAGAUUAUUAGAGAAGGUGCCGAAGCUUUGUCGACUGUAAUCCGCUGGCGUGUGGGGAACGGCCGAGGUAUCCAUAUCUUAAAUGACUGCUGGAUCCUUGAUCGUAAGCUUGCUCGGUGGCCUACUUUUGUGAAUAUUGAGGAAGUGGAAAAUGCGAUGGUCAGUGACUUGCUGGAUGGCAAUCAGAACUGGGUUGCUGCUCGUGUGGAGCGUUUCUUCGGGAAGAUCAUGGCGGCCCGUAUCUUGGAUAUUGAUACUGUGUCUAGCGAGGGUCCGGACUUGCCUGAGCUCUCCCGAGCUUGCUUCGGCUCGUCCCUUUCUUCUAUUAUCUAUCGGGAGAAAUUCGUGCCUUCGGAGUACCAAUUUGGCUGGCUGCUCAAAUUGAAACUCCACCCGCGGGAGAAAUUCCACUGGUUUAGAUUACUUCAGAAUGCCAUUCCUACUAAUGCGUGGCUCUCGCGCCGCGGAUUGAUGGCCAACUGUGAUUGCCCCUGGGGCUGUAAUGUGGAGGAAACUGUCGACCACUACACUACGCGUUGUUCCAAACUGCUUGAGGUUUUUGGCAUUCUCGGCAAGUGGGGCUUCCUUGUCCCCACUUUCAGCUCGUUGGGUGAUGUGUUGGAAAUGAUGCCUGUUUUGGCCGACACUAACCCGCUCUUGGCCAUCAUCUUCUGUUAUUCUGUGUAUCAAGUUUGGCGCGCUAGGAAUGACCUGAAACACACUGGUCAUCACCGCCCGGCAUCCAUUAUGGCUGCCACUGUCCUUUCGCUGCUGCCUAAGCUUACCCGUAAGCCAAUUCUGUUGCAAUGGGGUAUCCACCAGCCCUCGCGGCUGCCAACCUUACAAUCUUGGUGCCCCCCCACCCCCCCUUCAGGUUGGCUUAAAUUUAAUGUGGAUGCGACGGUUAAAUUAUCCUGCCAGGCGGGCAUUGGUGUGGUUGUCCGGAAUGCUGCUAGCGAGCUGAUUUAUGCGGCCGGCAGAUGUUUUGAGCAUUGGGAUCCUUUUCAGGCUGAACUCUCGGCUGCCGCGGCUAUUCGGGAGGUUCUACAAGGAUGGAUGCUUGACAUGGAGGGAAUUAUUGUGGAAGGGGAUUGCGCUAAUGCUAUAAAGUGGCUACAACAACUGAAUGACCGGAACUUCAAAGGCCACUUCAACUUUACGGGGCCCGACUUGGAUUUCUUUCUGGAUUUCAAGCAGGUUAUUUUUCAGCACAUUCCCCCGGAGUGCAACAAACCUGCUGAUUUUUGCGCCAAUCUAGCCACGUUUGGCAAUUUUGUUUAUUCUGAUGUAAAUGUUAUGGGGUUUCCCUUGUCCCUCUUGCAGUUACUAAGAGCGGAUAACUUUAGUACUUAA